AUGCUCAAAGUCCUCCAACGAAAGCUCGUCGUCGUAGGCGAUGGUGCUUGUGGUAAGACCUCUUUAUUACUGUUCUUCAACAACCGCCAAUUCCAUACGGCACAUAUACCCACAGUCUUUGAGAACACUGUAAAGGAUUUCGAAGUAGAUGGUCAGCAUGUCGAGCUUGCGUUAUAUGAUACUGCAGGCCAAGAAGAUUAUGAUCGUUUACGACCCCUUGCUUACCCUGAUACACAUGUUGUUUUGAUUUGCUUUUCAGUUGAUAUACCCGAUUCGCUUGAUAACGUCAAAGAAAAGUGGGUGCCUGAGAUUCUUGAACACUGCCCUAAUGUACCUUAUUUAUUGGUCGCAUGCAAAAAAGACGCACGAGAUGAUCCAGAUGUGGUGAGCCGUUUGGCGAGCAUGUCCGAAACACCCAUUACCUAUGAGCAAGGCGAAGAAAUGUGUCGCAAGAUAAGUGCAACUGGAUACGUUGAGUGCUCUGCUAAAACGGGUGAGAAUGUCGAUGAUGUUUUUACCGAGGCUGUGCGUGCUACUGCCGAGAAUGAUGGCAAGAAGAAGAAGGAAAAGUGUCUCGUGAUGUAA